AUGCCAAUGGCGCCCUCAGUAGCAAUUGCUGCCAGCAAGCUGCCUGUCUCCCCCCUUGCAGACACAGUCGCAGUUGCAUCACGUGGGGAGACUAGGACAUGCGAUGUUGUGGUGGUAGGCUCAGGCAUCGGCGGGCUCAGUUGUGCGGGGCUGCUUGCAAGAUAUGGGGAGGAUGUGGUGGUUUGCGAGUCUCAUGACAUCGCUGGCGGCGCCGCACACGGUUUUGAGAUCAAAGGUUAUGAGUUCGACUCCGGCCCGUCCCUUUUCUCAGGGCUGUCCAGCAAAGGAGCUCAGGCAAACCCUCUUGCACAGGUGCUCGACGCACUGGGUGAGUCCGUUCCCUGCAUCCAAUAUGACGCUUGGAUGUGCUACCUGCCGGAGGGAGACGUCCUCAGCAAAAUAGGGCCAGACGAUUUCAAGGACGUUUUGAUGAAGCUGUGCGGACCGGAAGCGGUGGAAGAAUGGUCGCGGUUGCUCGAAAGUAUAAAGCCGCUCUCAGGGGCAGCUAUGGCUCUGCCCCCUGCUGCGCUGAGGGCAGACCCGGCCGUCGCGCUCACAGUGUUGAGAUUCGCCCCGGCUCUGUUCCAGACGUUUGCUCAAGGGGGCCCCGCCGCAGCGCUGGGCGCCGGCAAGCUGAUGGGGCCAUUCACCCAGCUGUUGGACGACGCACAAAUCAAGACGCCCUUCCUCCGUAACUGGUGCAAUCUGCUGGCGUUUCUUCUCUCGGGAGUGCCUGCGGAUGGGACGAUCGCAGCUGAAAUGGUGUACAUGUUUGGGGAGUGGUACAAGCCCGGGUGUAUGCUCGAGUACCCGGUAGGAGGAGUCGGGGCGCUCAUCGACGCUUUGGUGCGGGGUAUAGAGAAGCACGGGGGGAAGCUGUCCCUCAACUCGCACGUCGAGACUGUUCUGGUGGAAAACGGGAAAGCGGUCGGGGUCCAGCUCCGGAACGGCGGAACUUUACGAGCCCGGAAGGCUGUCGUCAGCAACGCUAGCUCAUGGGACACGUUGAAGCUCCUCCCCGAGGGCUCAGUUCCGGCGGAAUGGAGGCGGGAGCGUGCCGGAACGCCGGAGUGCGGGAGCUUCAUGCAUUUGCAUCUGGGAAUUGACAAAAAGGACCUGCCUGAAGACCUGGGCAUUCACCACAUUGUGGUGAACACGUGGGAGGGGGGCGUCGACGGCCCGCAGAACAUUGUCCUCAUCUCGGUGCCCAGCGUGUUGGACCCGUCGCUUGCGCCGCCGGGCAAGCACGUUCUGCACGCGUAUACUCCAGGAACGGAACCGUACGAGAUCUGGGAAGGGCUCGACCGGAAGAGCCCCGAGUACCGGAAGCUGAAAGAGGAGCGAUCAGAGGUGCUCUGGAAGGCCGUCGAAAAGGCGCUCGGACCUGGGUUUGACCGAAGCAAGGUGGAGGUCUCGCUGAUCGGGACUCCGUUGACACACGAGCGGUACCUACGACGUCACCGGGGUUCGUACGGACCGGCCAUUCGCGCCGGGCAAGGUUCCUUCCCCGGGCCUGGCACACCGAUCCCCGGGCUAUACUGUUGUGGCGACCAAACGUUCCCAGGAAUAGGAGUACCAGCAGUCGCUGGGAGCGGGGUUAUGGUCGCCAACACAUUGGCGCCAGUCUGGGAGCAUUGGAAACUGCUGGAUGCGAUUGGGUUGUAACAGCGAAGCCGCGUUGACCAGAUUAGGACGAGUUGACUGACGGUCGAGCAAGAAAGCGUACUGAAACGGUGGGAUGUGCCGGAAUCAGCGUACUUAAGACUCCAGGGAGAGCUGGGCCUUCUUCAUGAUGUAAAUAAUUCUCACGCAAGUGCGCAGUGGGGUUUUGGAAGAUCCCGUGACUUUUCACUGCGGAACAGUUCGUUAGCUCUCAGAGAGCCUCGAUAAAGAAGCGGUAGGCGGAGCACAGUCCUAACAAAUUGUGCUGCCCUCAAAAAGUCAUAACCACCGCCCCUGCAGUGCACCCCAUUUGAGCUGAGGAUUUGCGUCCGAAACACUCACCGGAACCGACCAAUUAUUGCUGCGCUUGGAAUUAUGCAAGCGCUUCUCGAAGCCUAUGAACGGGCAUG